AUGGGUUUCUGGUCACGCUUCAAGCUCGCCACAGUAAUUGUAGCCCAAGUGGUUGCAGCAGUAUACUGCAGCAAACCCAAAUGUGCAUCUCUGGCACAGUCGACCUGCCUCGUCGAGCAUAACGCAACCAUUCUCAGCACCACCUACCAUGCCGUCGGUGCACUCAAUAUCCCUGGGAAAUACAACAAAAUCCCAUUCUGUGAAGUUUGCGCCUCAGUGCAAUAUGGCAAUAACAACUCUCUGGUCUUUGAACUUUGGCUUCCCGAGGCAAAUCACUAUGCAUCACGCUUCAUGGUCAUCGGCAACGGCGGCCAAGGCGGCGAAAUCAGCCAGGCAGACAUGAUGGUGGAACUUUACAAUGAUCUCGGAUUCGCUGUAGCUGGUGGUGAUGCCGGUCAUUUAGCCUCUGAUAAUAUGGCUGGAGAUAUGCCGGGGAUGGGCGCUCCGGGUAUUUACCAGCCAUUCCUGUAUGACGAGUCACAAGUCAAAGCCUGGAUGCACGAUGCGAUCAGUUUGUUCACGCCGGCGUCAAAGCAGCUGAUUGAGGCAUUCCAUGGAAAAGAAGCAGACUUUUCCUACUUCCGAGGUUGUUCGGCCGGUGGAACACAAGGGUUCUCGCUCGCUGAACUGAGACCCGGGCUGUUCGAUGGUAUCAUAGCCGCAUGUCCUGCGAACUGA